GCCGUGCUGGAGUACGCUGAGUCAAUUUCCAUUCAGUAGUUGGCCGUUCGCGGCAAAAUGGAUACCCAUGUGUUAUUAGUAAUUCAAAAAAUAUUUCACCUACUGUUGACCCUAUGCCCAAUAAUCAUAGUGAAUUCGCAAUCGAAUACUCAGUAUAAUGGUGGACGUGCUUAUGGACGAGAUGGAGUUUUCGAACCACCCGGAGCACCUGGACAUCACACUUAUGUCUACAAAGACAGAAGAUACGGCUAUCAGCCCAGUUACCUGGAUCCCAUCUACAAGGGACCCACGCGUGCACCUGAGGACAGAUAUCGACCUGAAGACGGUCCGCUCUACCCAAAUCUCCCAGGUAUUCUCGGAGGUUGGCGAGAAGAUCUUCAGGGACGUCAGCGUCCUGAUUCAAAGAAACUAGAAGUUGGUCGCGACAUCUUCGUCCAAACUCAUUACGGCCAGGUGCAGGGCUUCAAGGUCUACCUCUACGACCACCCUGAGGCCCGUCAUCGGCCCUGGACUCUUCCAGUAGAGCGUGUGACAGGUCAUGCCAAUGUUUUUCUCGGGAUUCCGUAUGCAGAACCCCCAACAAGAGAAAAGAGAUUCAAGCCUCCCCGUCCCCCAGGUCGAUGGGAGCUCGUUCAGGCAGUCGACUGGGGUCCAGCCUGCCCCCAGCCUGCAAACUACACCGGUGCAACCAAGGGCAUUCGUGAUGUUGAUGAGGACUGCCUCUAUUUGAAUAUAUUCACACCCUCUGUCGAGUCCAAUGUCGCCAAACUUUAUCCCGUAAUGUUUUAUAUUCAUGGAGGUGAUUAUAUUCAUGGAGCCAGCAAUUUAUUCCCUGGACACAUGCUUGCUGCCUUUCACAAUGUCGUUGUUGUGUCAAUAAACUAUCGCCUAGGGGCAUUAGGUUUUUUGAGUACUGGAGACGAAAAUAGUCCCGGAAAUUAUGGGAUAUUUGAUCAAGCCGCUGCACUUCAAUGGGUUUACGAAAAUAUCAAAGCCUUCAAGGGUGAUCCGGAAGCAAUCACGUUAUUCGGACCUGGAGCUGGAGCCGCCAGCGCGGGGUUACUGAUGAUUGCACCAAGAACAAGGCACAUGGUCUCAAAAGUAAUUGCCCAGUCGGGCUCAGCCCUCGCUGAUUGGGCUCUCAUUGUCGAUAAAUAUCGCGCCCAAAACACGUCCAGGGUUUACGCUGAGAAGAUGGGCUGCAGCAUUGAGAGUAGUUAUAAAAUAGUUCAGUGUUUGACCUGGGGCCGAAGCUCCUACGAUUUGGGAAACUCUGACCUCCAGCCACAGGUAGGUAUGUUUCCGUGGGGGCCUGUGUUAGACCACAAUUUUACAGUACUGAGGGACAAUUACGAUGAUAAUUGGCGGGCUUCUGACUGGCAUUUCUUUACGGAGACACCCGAGGAGGGCAUCAAACGGGGAAAUUAUAGAAAAGAUAUUGCGUACAUGGCUGGGGUGACGACCCAAGAAGCUUCAAAUAUUUUAUACAAUAAUGAAACGUUGAGACGAAGGCAGUACUUGUUCGAUGCAGAAAUGUUUGAUCAAAAGAUUUGGGAACUCGUACUUAGAUAUAACUAUACCCUGAAUCCUUAUGGAGUAUACGAGGCUAUCAAAUACAUGUACACAUAUUGGCCGGAUCCUACGAAUAUUACGUUAAUUCGUGAACAAUACAUCGAUCUGCUCUCCGAUUUUUUAUACGUAGCACCAUUCGACAAAAUGGCAAAAUUGUUGGUAGAGCGUAGAGUACCAGUUUUCCUGUACAUUUUAAAUACAACUAUGGAGGCGCUCAAUUUGGAACAUUGGCGUCGCGUGCCGCACGAUAUUGAACAUCUAUGGCUAACGGGAGCUCCAUUCAUGGACACAGAAUUCUUCCCAGAGAAAUGGAAGGUUAAUCGUGAAGCAUGGUCCGAUAACGACCGCAACAUGAGUCUCUUCUUCAUGAAAUCUUAUGCUAAUUUCGCGACUUAUGGCAAUCCGACACCAGCCCAGAUAUUAGGACUACAUUUUGAGGAAACUAAGUUCGGCUAUCUCAAGUAUUUGAAUGUCAAUACGACAUAUAACUCCUCCAUUAUGUUCAACUAUCGACAAACUCAGAGUGCCUUCUGGUCGCAGUAUCUGCCGACUGUUAUUGGGAGAUUGGUACCCACAUACCCACCUGUUACUGAGUACUGGUGGGAGCCCAAGCAACCUCUGCAGAUAGCUUUCUGGUCCAUGUCGACAGCCUGUCUCUUGCUGCUCGUUCUCUCUGUCGUCUGCUGUAUGCUGUGGCGUAAUGCCAAAAGGCAGUCCGAUCACUACUAUAGCGGAGACAUCCUGAUGGUCAGAGACGACGAGCACUCGGAAGGAAUCGAGAAUCUAACACGCGCAUCGAAGGAUAAUCUCUAUGAAUACCGCGAUACACCGAAUCUAAAAACAAAAAUACCACGACAGAAUGAGCUAAAAUUACAAGAUCGUUUAGCCCAAAAUCGCAAGUUCAGUUCAACGCCUUCAUUGAGGAGCAAUUCAAACGUCUCCUUGAAGGAUAUGAGAGGCGAAAGCUUCGUUACCAGUUCGCCCAACGGCCAACCAAGACUCAGUAAAGCGUCCAGUCAAUCUACGUUGACAAGAGGUAAGACCAGGACGCAUUUGGUACAAGGAGUACCUCAAACUGCUGUAUAAAAUUUCACAAAAGCAAUUAUUAAAAUUCAAGAGGUCUUUUCCAAAAUCCAAAACUAAAUUCCAAGGGGAGAUUACUGGAACUUUUUAGACUUGAGUUAUAUUUUGUAAGUGAGCAAGAUAAUUUGUACGUGUUUUCCCACAUUUUUUUUUGAAAAUUAAAAGAAAAAUGACGUUGGACACUGGGUAGUAUUCUUCCCUUGAUUACAACACAACAAAUAUGAUAAGAUUUAAUUGAUAAAACAUGUUGCUAAUUUUUUUUGUAUAAUUUCCUACAAAAUAUCAUAUUCAGAGUAUUCUUUUUACUAAACAACUUUUUUUUCAGAUUUCUUGAAUUUUAGUACUCCAUUUUUUCAAGUGCCUUUCACUAACGCUCACGUUUGUGAUUAUUUUGCUGUAAACAUUGAAUUACACUGAUCUCAUCAAUGAUUUCAUUCAUAAAAAACGAGUAAACAAAGGGAAGGGGGACGUGUAUUCAACAACAUUUUAAUUUAUAAAUGAUUAAUAGCAGUGCGGGGUUAAAACAUUUCACUGCUCAAUUACUGGGCCUUUUGUUUUGCUAAAAAGCAAAAUUAACCAAUCAGCUCCAAAGAGGAUCCGAACGAUCCUAUCUUAUUUAACGACGAAAUUAAUGAUAAACAGCCACUGGUGGCAGAACCAAUAAUUAGGAUUCAAGAUUAUUACGAGUGAGUCCACGUUUCUACAUCUUAUGUCCGUCCAUUAAUACAACGAUCGCUAGCACGUACAACUAAUCGUAAUAAGUCUUAUUGUAUUAUAUAGUCUAUGAGUCCAUUUCAAGACAAUGAGAUAAUGUCUACAAACAAAUUUGUUAAGGAACGACCAAUUAUUUUGUAAUUAAGUUAUUUAGUCUAUCAUCACGUACAAACAUCAUUUAUAAUACUACAGGGGUAGGUAAAGGGGGCAGGCGGUCAUACGCUAGUUUCGUCUUCAGUUAUAAUGUAAAAAUGCGAAUUUUAUUAUUUUAAUCACUAAUAGUUUGUGAACUGUUGGUCAAAAUUCCAUGAUAUAAGAAAUUGAAAAAUUAUACAGUUGAUCUACAUCUACUUUUUCACUAAAUAUAAUAACCAUUGUAGGAUUUUAUGAAUGAUUUAGUUAAAAACGUUAAAGAAAAAAAAAAGUAGUUUCAAUCAUGAUUUUUUCACCCUUCAAAUACAGUCAAAUAUUGUUUGAAUGCCAAUGAAUUGUCCGAGACCACAAUUUUUAACGAUUUUUCCCCCAAUUUCUAUAAUAUAGUCAACUACUCAUUCACAGAGCUAUUUUACCAUAAACCUAGUGAUAGCUUGACUGUCAUGCAGACAUGUUCAAGUCCACAAGAUACACACAAAGUGUUCGAAUUAUGAAAUUAAUGUUGUAUUUUAUGAAAUACAUGUACACGAAUCAACGUUGAUUUUUUCUAUUGUGAUAGAAUAGAUAAAUAUAGCACAGAAAAUUUUAUACAAAACUAUAAAUGAAUAAAGUAAUAAUGAAUAAUGCAUAAUGCAAUGACGUCACAUUAUGUUAUUAUUUAAUCAUAAGUUUUGUAGGGUCAUAAUUUGUAUUUAAUUUGCUCUUAGAAGAUUUUUCAACUAAAUUUAUAAAAAGAAAAAUGAUUAGUAAAAAAAUUUGUCAGAAGUGGGAUUCGAACCCACGCCCUCAGAGAGGACCAGAAGCCCCAUCUGUUAAACUCAGCAGUGACUGAGAAGGUACUACCUUGAGUCUGGCGCCUUAGACCGCUCGGCCAUCCUGACAAUGUAAUAGUUUUGUUUUUCAAUUACUCUCAAAUGAUUAUGUCGCUUUGUCACUCUUUAAUAUCAGUCAUUUACAUAGAGAAACACUUGAAAUAUUUGAAUACUAAUUUGAAAGGAUUAGAAAAUUGAUCGGUAAUAAAUAAUCAGCCAUAAAUCAUAAUAUUAUCAAUUAUUAGAAUUAUUCAGACAAUUACUAUUCCUGAUUUGACGAUGACAUAUUUUUAAAAAUUCAUGAAACAAAAUUUAUAAGUAUGAAAUUUAUUGUGAGCUCAAGUUCAUUUCAAACUUGAGAAAUGUAUGAAACGUUCUUGUCUAUCUUACCAUGAAUAAUGUACUUUAAAAUAUUUGAAAUGUCCAAAUAAAUUGGUCAAAGCACCACAAAGCAUCUCUUGACUUGAUUCAUAAUUAAAUGAAAACAAAAUCAAUCGAGCGAGGGACACAGGAUACUUGGGAGAAUAAGAUAUAUAGGACAAUUUUUCUGAGAUCAUAUGCAUGUAUGUAUAUAUAUACAUAUAUGUGUAUAUAUAUGUAUAUAUGUAUAUAUAUGUAUAUAUAUAUAUAUAUAUAUUUCGGAGCAAAAUUAACGAUGGUCGAUUGUUACACAAAAUUUCAAUUCCAAUGGUAAUUCAUACAAAUGAUUUUUGUAUACUCUGACACCUUCUCGCUUAUCAAACAAAUGGAAAAAAAAUCAUAAAACAA